GAAGCUAGACCAGGCACGACGAUAAAAUUAUUCAUAUAUUAAAUAAGAAGGUUCUAGCGUUAUUAAGCGUGUUAUUAUAUUUAUAUAUAUAUUAGUUGUAACAGUUUGUAAUAAGUCUCGUUCAUAGUCUAUAAAAAAAAGUAAUUAACGAUGACAUAUAUCGUUUGUUCAAUGUUUAUUGUAUCAAUUAUUUUCAUGUGUUUAUACCAAUUACAGCAAAUUAACGCAAGUGAAACAAAUAAAAAGUCAUUAAAAUUAUUCAGCGCUUUAAAUGUCAACACUUUUAGAAUACAAAAUAGAAAAAUAGAUGAUUGCAAUUUAGAACGACAAUAUUGCUUUCAUGACAGUGAUUGUUUUAACCGUUGCAGGUCUAAGAAUGGUGAAUUUCUUUGUAUCGCUGGCAAAUGUAAGAUUUCAGUUAACUUUACAAAGCCGGAUGGCACUGAAGAAUGUAAAUUAAAAGAGGGUAUGGCGCCAUUUUUAGUCGGCAUACCAGAAUUAGGAACUGUUGCACCACUUUGUAAGUCAGUUGAUCCCGGUAUUGUUUACAAAGAUGUAAAAACAGGGAAAAUAAAAAACAGAAUGUGCGAAAACGGUGAUAUUAAAAGUAUAGAUUAUUUAACUGAGUGGCCUGAUUCACACCAAUGUGGCUGCGAUAACGACCAAGUACUUGUCGUUAUUCCCAGAACUGAAACAGUACGUCAACAUGUAAAGUGUGUGGAUGCUAUACAUGCUUGGCUCUAUGCUGAAAAUAAAUUACUUUUCGAUAAAAAAUCAACGAACGAGACUCCAGAUAGCUCAAAUAGUAAGAAUCAUCAAUUAACCGCGCCUAAAGACUACUGGGAAAUUUACAAGAACGCCAGAGAGCGAGGCAUAUACUGAUCGCACAGAUGCAAUAUAAUACAAUACCACUUACAUAUAUAAAAAUAACACAGAGAUAUUAUCCUUCGGUUUACAGAACCCAAAGAUUUAAAAUUUUAAAACAGUAUUGAAAAUGAUUUU